UAAUGUUCACUAGCAUUGGCUAGCUAGGUGACGUUAGCUUCCUAGUGAGAUUACUGCUAAUGCUAGUUUGCUAAUGUCAAGUUACUCGGCUAACGUUGGAAAGCAUGAAUUGGCAGCAUCCUGCUAGAGAAACUUCUAGAAACAUGUAGCUAGCUUGGUAAUUGUACAUCAAAUGUACUGUUGGAGUAAAUCCGUCGGCCGUGCAAUCUAAUUAUGACUGAAAAAGAGGAGACUAUGGACACCUCUGAUAGUCAAGACAGUGCGCCAUCAGCAAAGAAAAACGGACGAACCUCGUUGCUGGACAGCGGAGAGGACUUUGAGGUGUUGGAUGAAGAAGACAUUGAUGACGACCCCCCUCCUCUAGAAGAUGCCGGGGGCGGGAAGGGGAAGAGUGCAGAGGAGUCUGGAAAGACAAAUGCAGACACAGACGCGGACCCUCCCGGUCAAGUGGAAGAAUGGCUGGAUGUACUAGGUAAUGACCAGCUUAAGAAAAAAGUCCUGGAGGCAGGGCAAGGGCGAGACAGUCGGCCACAGAAAGGACAGAAUGUAAAGAUUCAUCUUAAAACGUACCUGAAGGACUUGACCCUUGUAGAGGAGCAGCCUGAAGUCUCUUUCACUCUGGGAGACGGGGAUGUCAUCCAGGCCUUGGAUCUCACAGUGCAGCUCAUGGAAAUGGGAGAGAAGGCUCUAAUCCAGACUGAUGCUAAAUAUGCAUACGGUACACGAGGAAGUCUUGAACCUGAGGUUCCCCCAGACGCCGAGCUGUCUCUAGAAGUACAACUGCUGGAAGCUACUGACGCUGCAGACCUGGAGCUGCUGCCCCCUGUAGAAAAGAUUGCUCUGGCCAUCCUUAAGAGAGAGAGGGGCAACGUUCAUUAUCAGCGAGGGGACUACGCUUUUGCUGUCAACUCGUAUAGCAUUGCCCUGCAGAUAACAGAAUCUAGUUCUAAAGUUGACAUUAGUCCCGAAGAGGAAAAUGAGCUAAUGGAUGUGAAAGUCAAGUGUUUAAACAACAUGGCUGCUUCUCAGUUGAAACUGGAUCACUAUGAUGCAGCUCUUAAAUCUUGUGUCUCAGCUCUGGCACACCAGCCAGAAAAUAUAAAAGCACUUUUCCGCAUGGGGAAGGUACUGGCCUUGCAAGGUGAAUAUACAGAAGCCAUUCAAACUUUGAGGAAGGCACUGAAGUUGGAACCAAGCAACAAGACUAUCCACGCAGAGCUUUCCAAACUGGUGAAGAAGCACUCGGAGCAGAGGGGAGUAGAGCAGGCCAUGUAUAAGAAGAUGCUGGGUAACCCCACUAGUAGUAGCAGCAGCAGCUCACAGAAACACCGGGCCAAGUCCUCAUGGGGUCUCAGCUGGAAAUGGUUAUUCGGUGCCACUGCAGUAGCCAUUGGCGGCGUAGCGUUAUCUGUUGUCAUUGCUGCCAGGAAUUGAACCGAGCCUGUAGUGAUGGCCUGACCAAGCCCUGCAAUGUGAGAGCCUAAACACAGAGGCACAUCUGGCAGUGCCUUCUGACCUUUGGUCAAAGGGGGUACAUAUGUCAGUUGGUCAGUUGCCUCUUCACUGUCACUCUCCUUUCUCUGCUAUGUUUGAGAACUGUAUGUGACAAAUAAUAAAACAUCAAUAUUUGCAUAUGGGAUAUGUAUUUCCAACCUUAUAAAUGUGUAGGUUUAUGCGUAUCUGUCACAUUUCCAGACAGUUUUCUUUUGCUGCCAUUGUUUUUGUCUUUGGUAGAUUAUGUUGGAAAUUGAUUAUUUGAACAUUGAAAUGAAAAAUAAUUUACUAUAGAUUCAUAUAGGAGCUAUUUAAGAAUAUUUUUCCCACUGAAAAUAGCUAUUGUGACAUGGUCCUACGUUAUGUUAUAGUUUUAAAGCAUAUGAUUGUGCAGUUAAAUUAGUAAUUCCUAUUCAAGAGACAAUAUGUGAUUUACACUUUUAAUUAUGGUACAAUGUUUCAUGUUGACUGGUGUCAUGCAGAUGCUGCAUUUGAGGUCCAAAUGAUGACAGGAUACUCAGCUUUUGUGCUCUUUCACUCUUUCGCCCUUUCUACAGACUCUACUCGCACACCGAGUGACCAGAAAAAUAGAAUCACCUGUAUGAUGUAAUGCAAUACAACAGUCCUGCAGGACCUUAACAUUUUCAGUUUCUCUUUGUGACUAGAGUAAAAAUAUAAGAAACACCAUGGAAUGGAAUCAAAGCCUGUCUGACAGUGUCAGCAACAAAAAUGAUACAAUUUCACGAAGGCAGUAUAUACAGAACAUAUACAAGACUGUUGUAUUGCAGUUUGAAGCUGAGGGGUUUCUCUCUUUCUGGUCAUGUAUGUCUACAUGUUUAAACAUCUGCUAAAGAAGAUAUACUCUACUUUCUGUUCAGCAUUUGUUAAAUCAGUGGUUCUCAAAGUGGCAUCCAGGGAUCCCCAGGCGCCCUUGAGGGGGUUCCAGGGGGUCCCCAGCAAAAGGGGAACAAUUUAUUUUCACUAUAAUUCCAUUUAGUAGUAACACAAUGAUAGAAUGUGUGACUAUUUUGGUCAUGGGUUUCAUACACUUUCAUACACAAAAAUCUUAUCAAAUAGGGGUCCGUGGUCUAAUUUGUCAAUGACGUGAAAAGGUUUGAGAACCACUGUAUUAAAUAACUAAUUUCAUGUCAGCAGAGGUGCAGUUAUUACCUUUGAAACAAGGGUGAAGAAAUGGUACAUGGAGUUGCAGAUGUUGAGUUUAUUUUUUAUUUUUCAGUUUCAGUCAAUUAUACCUCAGUUUUUGAUGAUUAAGACCAAAUGUUGAAGGAUGACCCUUCAGGUACAGUGUUGGGUGUGUAUGUUUUCUUUUCUCCCCUACAUUUUUUGCCUGUGAAUUUUUCUUUGAAUUUGUGUUCCUUUAGGUGUUAACUUAUUCCAGUAUCUUUGCUCAUUUCCAAAUGUGACACCACUGAAUCUGUAGCGUCUCCAGAAUAAACGCUAGGCCUACAGAGCCAAAAGUUGCAUAAGCUAAUACAAGUUGGUGACAAACUAAGUAGUCAUAGAAGUUGCUUUGAUUUCCUGGCAUUCCCUGUAUUUGUUAAUUUUAUAUUCAUCACAAUAAAACAUGUCUCACAAACUACA